UCCCGGCGGAGGCUCCGGGAUGGCGGGGCCGGGGGCCGGCGGCCGCCGGGGCUGAGCGGGGCGGGCCAGCACCGCUGACGCAGAGCCACCGCGGCGGAGAGAGGUUGUCCAGGAUGGGCUCCGUGGGAGCCGAGCGCUUCAAGGAGCUGAGCCCGGCGGAGACGCCCGAGGGCAACGUGGUGAUGAGCUUCAGCUUCGACAGCUACCAGCUGGAGGAGGACGAGCUGCAGAGGGGCAGCCAGGCCAAGGGGGUCCUCACCUUCAUGGAGCCAGCUUCUGAGGAUCCUGAGCCCCAGGAUCGAUACCAUGGGAUUUAUUUUGCCAUGCUGCUGGCUGGGGUGGGAUUCCUCCUGCCCUACAACAGCUUUAUCACCGAUGUGGAUUACCUGCACCAUAAAUACCCAGGGACCUCCAUUGUCUUCGACAUGAGCCUCACCUACAUCCUGGUGGCCCUGGUGGCCGUGAUCCUCAACAAUGCGCUGGUGGAGCUGCUGAGCCUGCACACCCGGAUCUCCGUGGGCUAUCUCUUUGCCCUGGGACCCCUGCUGUUUGUCAGCAUCUGCGAUGUCUGGCUGGAGCUCUUCAGCCGCAGGCAGGCCUACGCCAUCAACCUGGUGGCUGUCGGGGUGGUGGCCUUUGGCUGCACAGUGCAGCAAUCCAGCUUCUACGGCUACACGGGGCUGCUGCCCAAGCGCUACACGCAGGGAGUGAUGACAGGCGAGAGCACCGCCGGGGUCAUCAUCUCGCUCAGCCGCAUCUUCACCAAGCUGCUGCUGUCAGACGAGAAGGAGAACACCGUCAUCUUCUUCUUCAUCUCCAUCGGCAUGGAGCUGACCUGCUUCAUCCUCCACCUCCUGGUGAAGCGCACCCGCUUUGUCCGCUACUACACGGACGGGUCCCGCAAGGGCCUCCCCGAGACGCGGGGGGCUGGUGACCCCGGGACGGGCUACCGCGUCCACCACGACGUCACCUCCGAGGAUGUCCGAUUUGAGAACCGGCAGCGGGGGCAGCCGAGCUCCCCCCGGGACAGCCCAGGCCCCGAAGCUGAGCUGGCUGGCAGCGGCACCUACAUGCGCUUCGACGUCCCUCGGCCCAAAAUCAAGAGGAGCUGGCCCAGCUUCCGAGACAUGCUGCUCUACCGCUACGUCGUGUCCCGGCUCAUCUGGGCCUACAUGCUCUCCAUUGCCAUGACCUACUUCAUCACACUGUGCCUCUUUCCUGGGCUGGAGUCGGAGAUCCACAACUGCACUCUGGGGGAAUGGCUCCCCAUCCUCAUCAUGGCCAUCUUCAACCUCUCCGAUUUCGUCGGCAAGAUCCUGGCUGCCCUGCCCUACGACUGGAGAGGGACCCACCUCCUUGUCUACUCCUGCCUCCGCGUGGUCUUCAUCCCCCUCUUCAUCAUGUGUGUCUACCCCAAUGGGCAGCCCACCUUCGGCCACCCUGCCUGGCCCUGCAUCUUCUCCCUCCUCAUGGGCAUCACCAACGGCUACUUCGGCAGUGUCCCCAUGAUCCUGGCUGCAGGAAAAGUGAGCCCGGAGCAGCGGGAGCUGGCAGGGAACACCAUGACCGUGUCCUACAUGACAGGCUUGACGCUGGGCUCGGCCGUGGCGUACUUUGCCUACAGCCUCACCAGUACCUCCCACAGCACCUGUUUCUAUACCGAAACCUCCAACGGCUCCUUCACCUUGGGGUACUGAGCCCUGGGGCGGGGGGACAAGAUGGGACCUGUUUCCCACCGCUGUCCCCACCGCCCCACUUGGCCCGUGUCCCUCCUCUGGGACAGGGUGGACAGGGACUGGCAUCCUGUGGGCACAGGGCCGUGGCAUUCCAGAAAGGCCCGUGCUGCCCAGACAGGCGCUGCACAGGACCACUUCUUGGGGUGACAUUCCUCCCACCCCAGAGGACAGUCCUGUUGUUUUUGGGGGGAUCCCCAUCAGAGAUGUGCAGCUCCCCAGUGGACCCUGGGGAUCUUCCGUUUGAGCCAAGCCAUUGCCAGGAGGAAGAAAAUACUGCCAAAUUCCAAAGGGAAUAGGACCAGUGCUGGGGAGGAAGGCGAUGGAGGGCUGGUGAGGAAGAAAAGGAGCAAGAGAGGAAGGAAACAUUCCUUCAGUCCCCAGUGGCUCCAGGAAGGUUGGUCUCAACUUUUCAUUGAUGGUGCUGCAGGUUUUCACCAAGAAUGGUUUGAAAUCCCAAUCCAUCUCUAAACAUGCCAAUUGCUGUGUAAAAGAGCCAAUUCAGUUCUGCUGGUUGAGAAAAAAAUGAUUUUUGUGUCUUGUUUUGCACCCCCCAAAACUGCAGGAGAGGCAGGGUCUUGCCUCUCCCCCACCCCACACUGUGAAUCUGCCCCAUUACAA